ACAAACAAUUGCACUCAGGCCGUCGUCAGCGCGGAUGUAGAUUUGGGGAAGGAGGACAGUGUUGAAAGGGACCGGAUCGCCAUGUCACAGCUGCAGGGAACGAUCCAGCCGGAGACCGGUGACAAGGAGAAAACUACGAUGUCGCUGUUAAAAGACACGAAGGAGAACAAGGAGAACGUCGCUGACGGCGUGAAGCCCCGGCCGCCGGAGAGGAAGCUGAAGAUUCGUAACGUUGUGCAGCCGCCCGGCACGAUCAGGUACGCUGUCACCGGCAGCGACACACUACACAGCAUCGCAGCCAAGUUCGACACGACUCCCUCGGAGGUGAAGAAGCUCAACAAGCUCUUCUCGACGACCGUGUUCGCUGGACAGACUAUGUAUGUGCCAGAUCCAGAUUACGUCAUUCCCUCUCCAUCACCAGUGGAGGCAAUCCCUACUGUGACAUCGCCAGAGAAAGGUGGUCCUGUAUUCAACUUUACUGCCAAGCAGCCGGAAGCCAAGUCGCCGACAUCGCCGGCAUCAGUGAGUCCGAAGCCAGGCCACGUAGAGCGGGUGUUUGAGUACGAGCCAGCUUUCAUUGAGCAGUGGGUGAACGUAGACAGCCAGCCUCCUCCCCCGCCGCCACCUCCUCCUCCCAUGGCGGCGGCGGGGGGAGAGACGGAUGAGCCGAUGUCGCCAACGAAGCGGCUGCAUCACAUCAGUGAGGAGGAGGCGGAGAGACUCGACAAGGAAUGUCUCGAGAAGUUUCUCAAGAUCAACGUGAAAUACAUCACAGAUGGACAGGGCGUUGUCAAUGGUGUUCUACUGGUCACUCCGAACGCGGUUAUGUUUGACCCUAACACAUCGGACAUAUUGGUGAUUGAGAACAGCACUGAGACAUACAGCGUCAUGGCACCCAUGGAGACGAUCAUCAGUGCAGCCAUCUUCCAUGACAUGAGCACGGCAGGAGGCGGGACAGUGGGUGGAGCCACACCUGAGAUAUACCAUACUCCAGGCUGCCCUUUACAUAUAAUUGCUCAAAUGAAAGAUGAGGAUGCGUCGACGCGGCCGGCACAGAUGUCGCGCAUGUCGACGAUCACCAGCGAGGUGUCGGACCACUCCGACGAGACGCAGCCAAACGACAGCGACGCCGAGCUCGCGGCCGAUGCCGAGGAGAUGCCCGAGCUCACCAAGUGGGUGCUGGGGGCAACGACGAUGGCAACGAUGAUGUCCAUCGGCAGCGAGGACGGCGGCACGCCUACCCCGAAGGCGCUCUGCUCGUGCGGUGCCGAGGAGCAACGCGCCAACUACUUCUUCGAAGGCAGUCAGUGCAGUCGUAGCAGUGCUGCCGUCGCGAAUCCUGCCCUUGCUCAAAGUGAAUACUACAAUGCUUUCAAUCAGUCGGAGACGACGAUGCCGGGUGUGGAGCCGCAACGCCCCACGCUGCCUCGCAUCCAGUCAGCGUACGAGGCUACAACCCUAGAAGACAUGGCUGCGGUGUCAGAGGGCACCACGACUACGCUUCCAAAGCUAGCCAAGGUCACAGUGCCAGAGGGCGCCACGGAGCAGGACUCUGUUGCCCGAGAGCCUGUGACACCAAAGAUCAAACUGCACAGUUUCCACAUCGGCUCAAGCGACCUUGAGCAGGAUAGUUCCUCGCCUGACACGCCGCUCCCACCCAGCACUCCGCAGCUGGGGACUCCACAGCCAACCCCAUCCCCUGAUUCCCAGGAAUCACCUCAGCCUCCCGGGUCCCCGCCGCCACCAGAGGGCAGCUCGCCACUGCAUGACAGCCCACCACCGCAGGGCAGCCCGCUACCAGCAACCGUUACUGCAUCAGCAGACGAAAACAUAGCCGAUGGGGAAUGUGAAGGCGAUGCCGUCUUCACCGACGGCAAAGACGAGGAGGAGGCAGAGCCGGCUGCUGCUGACGCUGGCAAGGAGAAGAAGCGAGACAACUCCAAGAUCCUCCAGCGUCGCGCGACCUUCCCUUACUUCAGCAUCAUGUCCGACGAGCCGGUGGAGGGCGCGCCUGACCCGCUGCCGAGUCCCGAGCCGCGCAAGAUGUCGCUGAAGAUGCGCAAGUCGAACCCGGUCGACGGCAAGCCGAAGACGAAGCAGCGCUCACGCUCCUUCCGCCGGCCGCGGCUGUCGAGCCUCUCUGACUAUGCCGCGCGCAGCCGCAGCAUCGUCGGCUACACGGCGGGGCUGCUGCGCGGCAAGGACGGCGAUGCAAAGACGCGCGGAGAGCGCGCGCCCAUGUCGAAGGCCGACAUCGUGUGUCAGCUUGAGCAGCAGCUGUGGUACACGGAGGAGGCACGGCGCGCAUUCAAGGAGAGCGGCCGCAAGAGCAGCAUCGGCAUGAAAUGCGUGCUGACGAGGACAGACCGGCCAGACCUGUUCGCGUCUAUUGACGAGUGCACUGGCUGUGAUUUGAAUGAGAAGCAGCAGCUACUGACACAACAAUCGGACCAGCCACUCUACCUCUGUCUGAAGGUGGGCAAGUCCAGCCAUUGUCCUGGGUUGCUUAAAGGAGCUCAACCCAAGAGACACGGGCCUGAGUACUGGUUUGCUAUCCCCAAGCGUAGAGUCGAUCAUUUGUACGCGUUCUUCAUCCAAUGGACGCCGAACAUCUACGGUAACCAGCCUUCUGACAGACUGGCCAUACAGGAGGGCUUUGUGGUCAUUGACGACGACACCGGAGUGCUCACUGAGAUCAGCAUGGACGAGGAGCAUUUUGCUGCACCCCGCAUCGCGAAGGACUGGGAGAUCAUCACGGUAGAGGAGGCGCGGCGGCGCAUGUCUGCGUUAGAGGUUGAGCUUAACCUGCCCAUCCCUGAACUGAUUGGACCAACAGAGAUUCUCAAUGAGUCCAGCAUACGAAAGCUCAUGCAGAAUCUGCCUGCGCGGGCCGAAGGCUACAGCUGGUCUCUCAUCUAUAGCACAUCUCGUGAUGGCUUCAGUCUCAAGUCUCUCUACAGGAGCAUGCAGGGAAUGGACACUCCCGUGUUGCUUAUAGUCAAGGACACCUACGAAAACGUAUGUGGUGCUAUCACGUCAUGCGCACUAAAAAUGAGUGAUCAUUUCUACGGUACGGGCGAGUCGAUGCUAUUCACCUUCUACCCUGAAUUCAAGACGUUCCACUGGACGGGUGAUAACGGCUUCUUCAUCAAAGGCAAUAAGGAUAGUCUGUCGAUCGGAGCGGGCGACGGACAGUUUGGUCUCUGGUUUGACAGUGACCUGUAUCAUGGAACGACGCACAGCUGUAAGACAUACGACAACGACACACUCACGAGUAACGAGGAUUUCGUCAUUAAAGCACUUGAGUGCUGGGGCUUCUACUGAGCUACUCCUGUAGUUGAUGGCAAGUCUGCAGCUGUUCCAUCUUCGGGAUUUGCAAGGCGACACAUUGAAGCCCUGGAACAUGCCAAUUGCCAGUAACUGUCAGUAGCAGUCACUGUGACAUCUUCUGGAUGGUUAAGCACAGCUUCAGCAAGACAGAAUCCAUGAUACCGUGCAACAAGUCAUCUCGGCAUGUCUGGGACUGCGAAAUGUAAACCAGUGGCUUGGCUCCAAGAGAUGUGCGAAAGUCAAUUCACUGAGUGUGAAACAGUAGAGUUCAAAUAAGGGGUGUGGGGUGAUCAGCAGAUCCGUGCAGCAGUUUUCACAGUGUGAACUUGACAAUAGUGUGGCAGUAACCCCUGUGUACACUGAGAAUAGUGCUGCAGUAAUCCCAGUGUAAAUGUAGAGUAGUACAGAGCAGUAACCCCAGUGUGAGGCACAGACAAGUGCAUGCAGAAAGUUCUGCUAAAAGAUCUCAUUGCAUGAUGGUCAACUCGAAACCAUAAGGAUGGCAAAAACUGUUGAUUAAAGAACAGAUAUGAAUCGAGUAAGAGUCGUGUAUGUUUGCAGCAUCCCUAAUGAAUAGCAACUUUACACGACAUUAUGCUGUCAUCUGAAAGCUUUAGUCGAUUAAUGGUUUGUCUGGUAAUACGUGGUGGCUAGUCCAGGAUAUGGAAAUGAGCGUCACAUAGCUAUGAAGCACAGCCAGUGUCCUGUGGUUGGAUAAAUAUUGUUAGCUUGAGUUGAUAAAAGGCUCAGCACUUGUGGGCGUUGUAGUAUACCCACUAGCAGUUGGUGACAUCUUUUACACUUUUCAUUAUAGGCAGAAUACGAGUGCAGAGUCAACCUUGUCGUUAAUUAAGUGCUGGUAGUCGGGUAACAUUACUUAGCAGGCAUGCAGUAAUUACCUUACACAAGCAGGAUAUAAGCACUGAAACAGUUAUUGUGAGAAAAAGCCUGUACUGAUGUUGCUGUUAUAAUGAAACUGCUAGGGUACUACACACUGUAGCUAAUGUUGCCACUGCAGCCACUGCUACUACUGCUAUUAAUAACGCUACUGUUGCCAAAGCUGUUGGCAAUAGAACUGCUGUUGUUGACACAGGCAUUACUGUUUCAAAUGCUGCUGUUACUAUUGCCGCUGACUACGUUUGCGGCCAUUGUCAUCGCUACAGGGUGCAACUAUUGAGAGUGGCUCUGCUGAUAUUUGUAUUGUAAGUAGUACGUAAGUAAAAACUUUAUUUAACGACGGUAAAACAUGUUAGGUACAGACACAAUAAAUUGGCGCGGACCUAUCUCCUACCUACAUGGCAGUAUUGGAAGUAAUAUGUGGAUAUUAUUCAAUAAAACAUGAAAAGAGUGCUAGAGUGAUGCAGAGGAUGCUCAUAGAUGUUGUCAAGGAAGAAGCAUAUACUUAUUGAGAUUCCAUGACCUAGUAGUCACCAUCUGCGUUUGACUGCGGUAAUGCGCCAGUUUCGUAGUUGGCUACAGCCUGUGGGCAUAUACGUUGUCCAGUUCCUAUAAGAAAUAUACUGUGUAGUGAAGGCACGAUAUUAUUAUGCGUUAUAUACAUAUUUUAUUGGUGAUGUUAUGUUUCGAUAGUGCCAAGGCUCGAAACUAUAUUGGGUGUGAUAGUAAGAAUAAAGAAAAGAUUCGGCGAGAGGUUUUGAGGGUGUAUGACAUGUUAUAAGCAAAAAUAUUGUUUAACAUGCAUGGUCUAGCUAUGGUCUACACAACUGUAUCUCAUUGCACUUAUAAACGUUCUACAAGGAAUGAUGUAGGACUGUAGGAGUUGGUGUUUUCAAUGUGGACUGCCGUGCGUGGUGCAUGGAGUGCCUAAUGUAGCAAUUACACGUCUGACUGUAUUUGGUUUUAUGUCGCGUUUAUUCGUAUGAGCACACAAUUGUUGAGGGAAAUUUUUUAAUUACAUUGAGCGCCGCACGCAGAAGACAUGCAUGGAAACUCCACUGUUCGUUUAUAACAGCAGAUAUCUGCUGCCACCUAGUGUCGAAUGUAGUUCUAGAUUGAGAGCUUUGUUAAUGUGAUCAUCUCAACCAUUCUAUGUCACAGUCGCAAAGUUUCUGCUCAGCGGGAGGCCCAGGCGGCAUUCUGUUUUUGAUGUGCGCCGCCUAAGGGCAUAGUGCAAGAUACAAUGAAAAAGUCAGGAGAGGAGGAUUUAUUGAAUGACCGACGUUUGACUGAAUACUGUGUAAUUCAUUGUGAUAACAUUUAUAGAGAAUCUGUAAAUAGUGUCGUGCACAUUGUAUUGGCCUGUUACAGACUUAAUGAUGGCUAUAAUAAUGGUAGAUCCAUUAGCACUUGUUGUGACUCAUUUUGCACCUUUUGUAAGAAGAAUACAUACAUGCCAAGGCGUUUUGUUAGUUGGACGUAUUUUGUAGUGUUUUGUACGGGUACGGGCAUGGCUGCUUCCUGAAUUAUUGUUGGGAGGGUAAAGUAGCCAGCGAGAGGUAAAGAAAGAUACAUGCAUCCUACUGUUGGCAUUCCCUUAUCAAGUAAACUAAUGUGGUUGUGGCAUUCUAAUUUGUAUCUCAAAAUACGACUGCCCACUACGGAUUUUAAUCAUGCUUUCACAACAUCGACAGAAUAGGUUGCUUAUGAUCAGCAGUCUUUUAAUUAAAUUCAGAUCUGCUAAAUCUACGGUCUAUGGUCACAUUCGGUUCAUCAGCUCUAGAUUUGUGAAGUUCUUGUUUUUUUAUUUCGUAUAUCUUACAGUAACUAUCAAACUUUCUAAAGAACAUACCCAAGUAUUAAAACAUCUUUUUUACCGUCAUUGUUUAUUUUACUUUACAAUGUUUACUAACCACUGCUUUCUAAAUGUACACUUGCAAUUAAGACUUUUUUAUCUGUGGGUAUGCAAAGCGCUUGAUUUUGAGGAAAUGUGCUCAAAGGAUCAGGCAUUUUACAGAGUUGAUUCCGAUAGCACGCAUGAUAUGCAUAUGCUUUGUGCUUCCUAUGCUAGGUUGAUCUUCUUGGCUUUCAGGGUGUUUGCUUUAUUUCCGUUUUCACCGCAUUUGAGAUGAUAAUGCUGUAUCAUGCACUUACCGACGUUGUUGCUGGUACUGUGGAAUCGUUUAUACUGUGUGAAUAUCACUAAGCAUCCAAACGGGAUCCCGUAUAUCAUCAGGAAAGCAGAUACAUGUGCUUGUAGGGGUUUACAAAUGUAUAUAUUCAGUAUGUAUGUUGAAAUGCAGUUGUUAAUAUAGUGAUGUACAUAGAUGGCUGUGUGAUAAUUGAGAAGUAACUUGUUACUGUGAGUUACCAUAGCGACGUAGUAUUUGCCGCGAUGGCCAGAUUAUACUGUAGCCACAUUCAGCAAAUGCGGUUGCCCCUCUGGGCUGACACACUAAAAGAAGCCUUUGCAGUGUGUCAUUAUCUAUGGUCUCAUCUCCUCUUUGUUCAUAGCCGAGAGGGCAUCACAUGUCCAUCUCCUGCAUGCUCUAUGACAGGCUGUCACCAAGUUUGUCCCUCGGCCACACCCUACGCAGUAGUUGGCAAUGUUUAUCACGUGUGUAACUAGAGCGAGUGAUAACAAGAACCGACGCGAACGACACGGUCGUCAUGGUGAUGUCGUGCACCCCGUUGGAGCGUGUCGUUUCAAGCAAACGAAAGCUCGUUCUGGAUAGAAUAAACUUGCUCCGUUAGUGUGCAAAACUAGUUGGAGGAAGUGGCAGUGUGCCGAGAUGCCUAGGUGCGACAAGGGAAGCAGCUAUGUCACAAUGUGGUAUUGCUUUACCAACCUGCCGACUUUCCCAUAACCAACUUUGUGGUAUCGUCAGUACGCGUUGUUGCAACUGCAGACCAUGAAUUUAUACGCGAGUUGUAAAAAAGACAGUUGAACAAAGACGAUAACACACAA